AUGCCUGAUACUUCAGAGAUUGACUUUGAUGAUCUUAUUAAAACUUGUUCAAAGGAUUCUAAAAGCAUGAAUGGAUAUUUUAUAUAUAGGAAUGAAUAUAAAAAACAAGUUAUUGCUAAUGGUAUAAAAUUAAAAAUGACUGAAAUAUCAAAGUUAUCAGGAGCUGCUUGGAAAAAUGAAAAAUGUGAAGUUAAAGAUGCCUACAAAAAUCUUUCAAAACAAUUAGACGAUGAAUUAAAAAGGAGAAAAAAAGAAGCAGGACAAAUUUAUAAUAUUGUCUUUGAUAAUCAUAUGGAAAAAGUAACGCCAACACAAUCUUCUCAUGGAUCACCUGUGUUAAUGAAUACAUCUAUUGAACCGCUCUCAUUAAUUAAUACAACAGAUUCAUUUUAUUCUGAAGAAACAAACAUAAGCAUGGUUUCAUUUUAUUCCGAAAAUACAGAAAUGAACACUCAUUCAUUUUUUCCAGAAAUGAAUAUGCUUCCAAACAUUCCUUUAUUUUCUCCAGAAAUGAACAUGUAUUUAUUAUAUCCCGCAACAAGCAUUCCUUUAUUUUCUCCGGAAAUUAAUAUGCAUUCAUUAUAUCCUGAAGAAACAGAAAUGUUAUUAAAUGUAGAUCAUUCUUUAUGA